AUGGAGGAGAAACCUCGCUCAGAAAGCUCUGCUAAAAGCGAAAAAUUUGGAUACAAAAGCUUAGAAUCUCAAAUUCAACACCACUCGGGACUCCUAUCAGAAUAUGAUGUUUCUUGGAUAUAUAAAAAUCGACCUGAAUCAGAUAUGAUACAUGUAUCCCAGGUAGUUGGAGCGGCCCGAACUGGGGAAUUCUCAUGGAGAGCCCCUUCUCCACCUCACAUUCACAUACCCCAAAUCUCAGAAGAAUAUGCACCUCGGUUGUCUACUUUAUCAGGGACUAUCCAUAAUGAAGAGCCAUAUAAAGGAGUAUUAGAAGCGAUUAGCAGAAACAUAAUACUUUUCCAGCCAGUGCGUGAGUGGAAAUAUGAAUGGCGACGCCAAGCUCAGCAAAUUCUCCCAUUUCUCUACCUCGGACCUUCGGCGGCGGCUCGUAACGUUGAGUUUCUCAGACAGGAGGGGAUCACCAUGCUUCUCGCUAUUCGAGAUAACUCGACGGCCCAAGCGCAGCUCUUAAAUGGGGCAAAAGUAGCGGAAUCUCUUGGUAUCAAAUCUGCAUCUGUCGAUGUUGCGGGACACAUGGGUCUCAUUGCUGCAUUUCCAGUUGCAGUUAAAAGGAUAAAUGAACACGUCACUAGCCUGUAUAGAGAGAGCCAGCACACUAGAGCUGGCAAAGUUCUCGUCUCAUGUGAAUCUGGAAACGAGCGAUCAGCUGCUGUAGUCAUUGCCUACAUGAUGAAUACUUAUGGCCUCGAAAUGGUUGCUGCUAUUCAGUACGUGCAGUCGCAACGAUUUUGUGUGUCGUUUGACGACAAUCUCAAACACCUCCUAUUUAGUUACAUGGGUAUAUUGACCGCGCAAAAAGAUGUCAUGUUCGUAAAUUCGCAAAAUUUGAUACAAUCAACGGACCGAAUGACGCCCGUCAAACGGCAAAGAUACGAGAUUGCAGAUGAUAAUGGCGAGAUAAAUAUGGGAAUUGAUAAUGACGAGGAACGUUUCUUGAGCCGUGCAAGUCUCUAUCCAUUCCAAUGA